AAUCCCUCGUCAACCAAGUGCUCAUCCCCUGUGUGUACUGAUUUUGGUUCCAUAACACCGUUCCACAACCACCACAAACACUACAAUUUCAAGCAUUGUGCUGCAGUUGGUUGAAGCAUUGUGCUGCUCAUCAUACCGAUUUUGGUGUCCUACAUUUUUGUCCGAUUUCGAUGAAUUAUGUAAAAGAAGCUGCACAUGUCAACCCCGUUUUUGUAGCACAUGGCUGUCGCUGAUAAUACCAACCCAAAGGACAUUGUGCCUUCUUUAACUCAAAUGUAAAGAGGAAGACCACUUGGGAGAUUCAGAGUUGACUUAUGAUAAGAAAAUAUUUGCGUUAUGGGGUUACUAAACCAAUGGAAGACAUACAGAAUGAACUGGUAGAGGUGAACUUUUACAUCAAUAACCAUUUAUUUUGGGUUGGACAUGUUAUCCAUCAACCUGCAGGCACUUGGGGUUAUAUCUUUCAAAUAAUAUUCCAGUACUUGAUAACACAUUUCAACAACUUUCAACCUAUAUGUUUGGAACUUCCCCCACCGUGGAUAGUUUCAAAUUGGAAGAUGAUGCUCCUGAUGAAGAAGAAGAUGGUCAAAGACGGAGAAAAAAGCCAAGGAGGGUUCAAGUCAAGGAGAGCCUUGACCAGGGAGGAAUAUUUAAAGUUCUUCCACUUAAAAUCAUUAUUCAUGUGUAUGAAGAGGAGGAUUAUGUUCUUUAGUCUGUAAAACUUAUCAUUCUUAGGUUUGAGUAUUUGGUGAAGUUGAAUAUUGUAUGUGU